AUGAAAGAGGACAGGGUCGAUAACCACAGCAGCGGACACCGGCGCGGCGGCGGGGGAGGGCGCCCCACGAGCUACACCUCGAGCCCCCAAGGACGGCCGCGCAGACCCUCGGCAGCGACGCCCGCGGGAGGGGGUGGAGGGGGAGGGUUUGGCAGUCCCUCCUACAGGCGCUCAUUCCACCACAGGGCUCUCGAGAUAGCCGGCCCCGAGAGUCCUAAGGAGGAAUCGUUGUGUCCUCUGGGCCCCUCUUCCUCUUCCUCUUCCGCUUCCUCCGCCUUCGAACACGAGAGGGAAGGUGCCGGUCCUGGCGGCGGGGUCAAGGGCGAGCGUGCUUCCGUGGCAGGCCGGCCCUCGAACCUCCUGCGCUACAAGACGGAGCUCUGCAGGACCUUCGAGGAGAACGGGCUAUGCAGGUUUGGAAACACGUGUACCUUUGCUCAUGGCAUAGGUGAGCUUCGCGCCAUACCUAGACAUCCACGUUACAAGACAGAGCCUUGCCGCCAGUACCACACUCAUGGAUAUUGCCAGUAUGGGGCACGAUGUCACUUUGUUCAUGACCCUGAGGAAGCUGCAGGGGUUUCCCCAAUGCGAGGUUUCAUCAUCAGAGGCAGACAUGACAGACUUGCUAGUGCAAUGCUGGCUUUAGCAGAGGAUGCAGGAAUAGUAUCAAAUCCAGAUACUAGCGAUGUUUUGUUAGCAAACUUGCGAAGGUUGUAUGCCUUGAGGGCCAUGAAAGAUCAGCCAGAAAUUUCCGACAUUCCCACCGCUCAAGAACCAAGUGAAGGGAGUGAAGAUAUGUCAUUCCAGUCAGAUGGAUUGGACUUGUCAACUUAUCUGCCAGACAACCUUUCAGCUAGAUUGUUCGAGACCAGUAGUAACUGCAGCAUGUACACCUCUACCAUGAGUGUUUUAGGAUCUACGAGUAUAAAUGGCAAUAAGUACGAUGCUUCCCACGAGCCAUUAAUGGAACAUAGUCUAGAUGCUAGUGUGGAUAACAGCAUAGACCAGAGUAUAGACACUGGUAUAUGGUCAAGUGCUUGGUCCACAACCUCUAGUCUAUCCACUUCUCCACCCAGUGAAUCCUGGUGGGGAAUGUGGGGUGGUUCUAUGGCCACACCACCUCUCUCCCCAGAGAGCAGACUUGUCCAAGAUGCUCCGCUGAAUCUUGGACAGCCUACAGUUACUUCAUUACCCCAGGGCAUUGAGAUGGAUUUACCAAGUAUUGGAAUGGCAACCAAGUUUUCAGUGAAAGUAGUUACUGAAGUGAUAAAGGAAAGUGUCAUUGCCAACCCAAUGGAGGUUUCCCGGGGCCUCCACCUUCCUUCCAUUGCCGAAUUGUGCCGCAAUUGAAAUGUACCUGAAUUAGAAAUUUUAUUUUAUAUGGGAAGCUAAUGCAGUAAUUGUAAUUUAGUUUUGGUUUGCUCCAGUUCCUAAUCUUAUGGCUAAUCCGGGCCAGUUAUAUUUUAUUCUGGACUUCUAUGUGAAGGAUAAUGGGGCACAUUUAAUGUCGACCCAGAUGGAUUUUAGUUAGAUUUCUAUGAAAAUUUUCAAUAGGAUUUUUUUAAUCAAACAAGCCAGUCUUGAUGCUAGUUUUUAGGCUAAGGAAACCAUAAUUAAUUACUCUUAGGUCAAAAGGAUAAUUGUUUAACCAUACCAUUAUUUACAAAUUAAUAAUUUAUUGCUAUGAUGAUCUCUUUUAAGGAGUGACUGUGAUAUCCAUAGGUAGUUUGUACCUAAUUAUGGAAAUAAAUAAGUCGAUUUAG